CGUCAUGGCAGCUUUCAGUUCACUGGACCGUGCCCACUCGAGCCGCACGAACCCACUCGACGACCACCGAGACAGAAACACAAUAUUUCUCCUUUAACGAAAACUUCCUGGAAUCAGCGAUGGCGAUGGACGGCUUAGAAAUGAACGGAGAUGCUGACCAUAACGGAGACACGGAGGUUCCACUGCGCGGUCCUACGAGGCAGCGGACGAGGCCGUUGAACAUGAACCACUACGCCAACAAGAAGAGCAUGGCAGAGAGCAUGCUGGACGUGGCGCUGCUGAUGGCCAACGCGUCGCAGCUGAAGGCUGUGAUGGAACAAGGGCCGAGCUUCUCCUUCUACGUGCCGCUCAUCGUGCUCAUCAGCGUCUCCCUCAUCCUACAAAUCCUGGUCGGGAUUCUGCUAAUUUUCAUCGGUAAGACUUGUUUCAUAAGGGACCCAGGAACAAAACAAGGAUUUGUAUCGGGGAUGCCAUUGAAAGAUGGAGACGAUUGAAGGCGGAGAAGAUUUUUUCAUCUGACGCCAAACUUGCAAAUUUUCUCCUUGAUAGGUAAGUAAGGCAUUUAUGUUUUUUUUAUUAAUUGUAAUGAAUUAAAAUUGACAUUUUGUAUAUACAUUCGUGGUCAAAAGUUUACUUACACUUGGGAAGGACAUAAUGUCAUGGCUAUCUUGACUUUCCAAUAAUUUCUACAACUCUUAUUUUUUUGUGAUAUAGUGAUUGGAGCACAUAGUUGUUGGUCAUAAAAAUCUUUCAUGAAGUUUGGUUCUUUUAUGUAUUUAUUAUGGGUCUACUUGUGGUGAUCUGAAUUUUCCUUGCUCAUUCCUGUUUUUGUCUGCACACCAUGUUCACUCUCUCGCUCGUCCACAGUAUGGAUUGCAGCUGGCGCAGGGCAGCAGCACACACCUGAUGUUGAUUAGGGUCAGCCUAUUUAACCUGGCUGCUGACGGCCUGGGAGCGCCGGAACUUUGUCAACUGCUUGCCACAGACGCAUGUGUCAUUUGUCUCGCCAGCCGACUCUAGUUCGACUUGUGCAUCAUCUUAGGUUUGCCUGUAUUUAUCUAGCCUAGUCUAGCGCUUUUAUUUUGUACCUAGUUUUUCUGUUUAACUUCUUUCAUGAAGUAUUUUUCCUAGCCUUGUCUAGCGCUUUUAUUUUGUACUUUGUUUCUCUGUUUAACUUCUUUCAUUAAGUAUUAUUCCUAGCCUUGUAUAGCGCUUUUGGUUUAAUGUUGGUAAUUUAUCGUUGUAGUUUUACAUGGUGUGUUUUUGUGUUAACCACCAUCGCCUUUGUUUUGCGACGUCAUCCUUCCUCCAAAAUAAAAGGAAGAACUAUUCUCCACAAACAAAAUGUCUCUGCAUCCUUGGGAUCCACCUCACCAGAUCCUAACACUACUGAAAAUGUGACCAAAUCUGCUGUGGUCAAACAGCUCAAUUUUUGUUUCAUCUGACAUCACAUGGACAAAGAUAAGACCUGGAGAAAAGUUCUGUGGACAGAUGAAACCAAAAUUGAGCUGUUUGGCUACAAUACCCAGCAAUUUGUUUGGAGGAGAAAAGGUGAGGCCUUUUAAUCCAAGGAACACCAACCCUACCGUCAAGCAUGGUGGUGGUAGUAUUACACUCUGGGCCUGUAUUGCUGCCAAUGGAACUGGUGCUUUACAGAGAGUAAAUGGGACAAUUAAAAAGGAGGAUUAUCCAAUUCUUCAGGACAACCUAAAAUCAUCAGCCCGGAGGUUGGGUCUUGGGCACAGUUGAGUGUUCCAACAGGACAAUGACCCUAAACACAGGUCAACAGUGGUAAAGGAAUGGCUAAAUCAGGGUAGAAUUAAGGUUUUAGAAUGGCCUUCCCAAAGUCCUGACUUAAACAUGUGAACAAUGCUGAAGAAACAAGUCCAAGUCAGAAAACCAACAAAUUUAGCUGAACUGCACCAAUUUUGUCAAGGAGAAUGGUCAAAAACUCAACCAAAAGCUUGCCAGACUCUUGUGGAUGGCUACCAAAAGUGCCUUAUUGCAGUGAAACUUGCCAGGGGACAUGUAAGCAAAUAUUAACAUUGCUGUAUGUAUACUUUUAACCCAGCAUAUUUGGUCACAUUUUCAGUCGACCCAUAAUUUCAUAAAAGAACCAAACUUAAUGAAUGUUUUUUGUGACGAACACGUAUGUGCUCCAAUCACUCUUGUUUUAAAUUACUAAAAUGAAUAAACACAUUGUUAUAAAACCCACUAUUUAAAAAAAUAAAUGUACUUUCUACAUAUUCAGUGGCCUAGUGCAUUGGUUCUCAAAUGGGGGUACGCGUACCCCUGGGGGUACUUGAAGGUAUGCCAAGGGUUAUGUGAGAUUUUUUUUUUAAUAUUCUAAAAAUAGCAACAAUUCAAAAAUCCUUUAUAAAAAUAUUUAAUAAUACUUCAACAAAAUAUGAAUGUAAGUUCAUAAAUUGUGAAAAGAAAUACAACAAUGCAACAUUCAGUGUUGACAGCUAGAUUUUCUGUGGACAUGUUCCAUAAAUAUUGAUGUUAAAGGUGUAUUUUUUUGUGAGGGUUUAGAAUUAAGUUGAUGAAUCCAGAUGGAUCUCUAUUACAAUCCCCAAAUAGGGCACUCUAAGUUGAUGAUUACUUCUAUGCGUAGAAGUCUUUAUAAUUGAAUCUUUUGUUUAUUUUUCAACAAGUUUUUAGUUAUUUUUUAUAUCUUUUUUUCCAAAUACUUCAAGAAAGACCACCACAAUUGAGCAAUAUUUUGAACCGUUAUACAAUUUAAUAAAUCAGAAACUGAUGACAUAGUGCUGUAUUUUACUUCUUUAUCUCUUUUUUUCAACCAAAAAUGCUUUGCUCUGAUUAGGGGGUACUUGAAUUAAAAAAAGGUUCACAGGGGGUACAUCAGUGAAAAAAGGUUGAGAACCACUGGCCUAGUGGUUAGAGUGUCCGCCCUGAGAUCGGUAGGUUGUGAGUUGAAACCCAGGCUGAGUCAUACCAAAGACUAUAAAAAUGGGGCCCAUUACCUCCCUGCUUAGCACUCAGCAUCAAGGGUUGGAAUUGGGGGUUAAAUCACCAAAAUGAUUCCCGGGCGCGACACCGCUGCUGCCCAUUGCUCCCCAUUGCUCCCCUCACCUCCCAGGGAGUGGAACAGGGGGAUGGGUCAAAUGCAGAGGACAAAUUUCACCACACCUAGUGUGUGAGACAAUCGUUGGUACUUAAACUUGUCUUUAACUUUCUUGGCAGAAGCAAUAUGUUAUAUAUAACAUUGUUCUGGCUACUUAAAAAGGAACUGCACUUUUUGCGGGGAAUUUGCCUAUCAUUCACAAUCCUUAUGUAAGACAAACACACAGGUAUUGUUUUUUUAUGCAUUCAAUAAAUGCGAGCAAAAGUCUGCUUACAAUGGAGCUUAUGGAAGUCGCUCUAUUCCUCUUUUAAAGCGUUUAAAAACAUCCAAACACCUCCAUCAUGGUUUUAUAUAUACGCUGCAAGUAUUUAUGUAAUGUAAUGUAAGGCACGGUACGUAUUUUCAUCAUUUGUAUGCAUUAAUUUGACUUAUGUUUGCGUUUUCCUUCCAACAACAGCACUGACUAUUACUCACUGCAGACUUCAUGAGAGCCAACAAGCAUAAUAAAACAUCACUUACUGUACGCCCUCGCCCAGCAGAGAGGUAGCAGCAUGGCUAACGUUAGCUGUGAUGCUAGCGGGUUGUUGCGAGAGAAAGAAGGUGUGAAUCUGGUAACAAAUGAAGGAAUAAUUAAUUCCCAAGAAAAACUGCACGGGGUCUAUAGUCUGGCAGUGGUUUGGCUUCAAGCAGGAAUAUGUCGAAUAGACAACUUUAAUUUGUCAAGUGUGGGGCACAAGCGUUGCUACCAAAAGUAGCAUCAUUUGAAAAGUCACCUGUUAAUAACUUUAAUAAACACAGUUUUGGUAAAUUGACUUAGUUGUGAUUUCCUUCUCUGCAUGAAAGUUUAAAAGUAGCAUAUAUUAAUGCAUUAUGAACAAGAAUGUUUUAAUGUAGACACAUAGAAUCAUCCUGCUGUGAUUAUAUGUAUCCAGUGUUCAUUCAAGGCUAAGGUAAAAUACCGAGAAAUAUAUCGUAUAUCGCGACAUGGCCUAAAAAUAUCACGGUAUUAGAAAAAGGCAAUAUUGCCAGGCCCUGACUUAAUGUAACUAACCUACUCAGUGGCCAAGUUGUUCGAGUGUCCGCCCUGAGAUCGGUAGGUCGUGAGUUCAAAUCCCGGCUGAGUCAUACCAAAGACUAUAAAAAUGGGACCCAUUACCUCCCUGCUUGGCACUCAGCAUUAAGGGUUGGAAUUGGGGGUUAAAUCACCAUAAAUGAUUUCUGGGCGCGACACCGCUGCUGCCCACUGCUCCCCUCACCUCCCAGGGGGUGAUCAAGGGUGAUGGGUCAAAUGCAGAGAAUAAUUUUGCCACAUCUAGUAUGUGUGUGACAAAUAUUGGUACUUUAACUUUAACUUUACUGUACAAUGUCAGCUGUCAAUAGGAUGCCGGCUGCUGGGAUGUUGAUAUAUUCCCAUUCAGGUAAAGAAUGUCUCAUAAUCCUUGAAAAGGAUUAAAAAAAAGGGUGGGUGCAAGCCAGCAUCUUUUAUGUCUUUCUCCCCAUUUCAGAGUCUAAAUUGGCUGUAAAACUUUAUGUCCACAUUAUUUUACUAUCAAGGUGAGAGGCAUAAUUUAUAAUCUGGAAUACACUUUUACGAGCUGCAGGGCGAGAAAGCAGCUCACCAGCUGAUGAUUCAGCAGCAGAAGGAAGUUGCCUCUCUCGGAUCAAUUCGCCGUUAAAUGGAGGUCCUUAAUGUUCGCGCUUACAAUAACAAGAUGGGUAAUAUUUGGUUAAUAUUCAGGUGACGACAUGUAAAUGGAGUAUUGUUUUUCCUUUUUGAACAGUUAUUUAGAAGGCUUUGCUGGCGGAAUAAAUGCACUUUUAGAAUGCAUUAAACAAAGACAGGUGUUGUGAUUGGUAGGCAACAUUCCAACAAAGUGCAGUUCCUCUUUAAGAGCCAUAUUAUUUUUAUUUGAGAGUACAAUGUUUAUUUUCUUUGUUUUAAUUUGUAAAAGUUUGUGUUUUUUUAAUGAUCUUGAAAAAAAAACCUGUUGGGUGCGUCACGUCCGGUUUAUUUGACAUCACCCAAAUUCACUUCCUGUUGUCGUAUUGCUUUGAGUAUCUAUCGAUCUCUUUGUCUAAGAGAAUACAGCCUGUGGGCUAACAAAUGAAUAUGGUGAAUGGGUUAUACUUGUAUAGCACUUUUCUACCUUCAAUGUACUCGAAGCGCUUUGACACUAUUUCCACAUUCACCCAUUCACACACUGAUGGUGGGAGCUGUCAUGCAAGGUGCUAACCAGGACCCAUCAGGAUCAAGGGUGAAGUGUCUUGCUGAAGGACACAAAGGUUGUGACUUCGUUGGCAGAAGUUGGACUCAAGCCUGGAACCCUCGAGUUGCUGGCAUGGCCGCUCUACCACCUGAGCCACGCCAUGACCAUAUAUCACAAUCUCUUAGUUGCUCGGACAGUAAUGUGUUUGUAUACAUUUCGAUCGGGGAAUGUCCUUUUUAAAUAGAGAAAGACGUUAUUGUCUCUUGUUUUCAUGCUAGCUUGUUCCUCCAGUAAAUGAAUAAUAGGGCUGCAAAUCUUUGGGUGUCCCACGAUUCGAUUCAAUAUCGAUUCUUGGGGUCACGAUUAGAUUCAAAAAUUUUUUAUUUUUUUUUCAAAGCAACACGAUUCUCGAUUCAAAAACGAUUUUUCCCCGAUUCAAAACGAUUCUGUAUUCAUUCAAUACAUAGGAUUUCAGCAGGAUCUACACCAGUCUGCUAACAUGCUAGCAGAGUAGUAGAUUUUUGUAAAAAGCUUUUAUAAAAUUGUAAAGGACAAUAUUUUAUCAACUGAUUGCAAUAAUGUACAUUUGUUUUAACUAUUAAACGAAACAAAAAUAUGACUUAUUUUAUCUUUGUGAAAACAUUGGACAAAGUGUGUUGUCAAGCUUAUGAGAUGCGAUGCAAGUGUAAGCCACUGUGACUUUAAUUGAUUGAUUGAAACUUUUAUUAGUAGAUUGCACAGUUCAGUACAUAUUCCGUACAAUUGACCACUAAAUGGUAACACCCCAAUAAGUUUUUAAACUUGUUUAAGUCGGGAUCCACGUUAAUCAAUUCAUGGUACAAAUAUAUAUUAUUAGCAUAAUACAGUCAUCACACAGGUUAAUCAUCAUAGUAUAUACAUUGAAUUAUUUACAUUAUUUACAAUCCGGGGGGUGGGAUGAGGAGCUUUGGUUGAUAUCAGUACUUCAAUCAUCAACAAUUGCAUCAACAGAGAAAUGUGGACAUUGAAACAGUGUAGGUCUUACUUAGUAGGAUAUGUACAACCAGCAGAGAACAUAGAGGGUUCAAAUAGCAUAAAAACAAGUAUAUACAUUAGUAAUACCUUUGCUUAUUUACAUUAGGUUGUUUAUAAUCCGGGGAGAUGGGACGUGAAUGGAGGAGGAUAUUAGUAAAGUGUUGAAGUUGCCUGGAGCUGUUGUUUUAGAGCGGUUUUGAAGGAAGAUAGAGAUGCACUUACUUUUACACCUGUUGGGAGUGCAUUCCACAUUGAUGUGGCAUAGAAAGAAAAUGAGUUAAGACCUUUGUUAGAUCGGAAUCUAGGUUUAACGUGGUUUAUGGAGCUCCCCCCGGUGUUGUGGUUAUGGCGGUCAAUUACGUUAAGGAAGUAGUUUGACAUGUACUUCGGUAUCAAGGAGGUGUAGCGGAUUUUAUAGACUAGGCUCAGUGCAAGUUGUUUUACUCUGUCCUCCACCCUGAGCCAGCCCACUUUGGAGAAGUGGGUUGGAUUGAGGUGUGAUCUGGGGUGGAGGUCUAAAAGUAACCGGACAAGCUUAUGACACUAAUGUCCUUUUUUUUUUAUUUGUAUAAAUGUCUAAUGAUAAUGUCAAUGAGGGAUUUUUAAUCAUUGCUGUGCUGAAAUUAUAACUAAUAUUGAUACUGUUCUUGAUAAUAUUCAUUUUUGUUUCACUACUUUUGGUUUGUUCUGUGUCGUGUUUGUGUCUUCUCAAUUUCUCUUUUUAUUGCAGUUCUGAGUGUUGCUGGGUCAGGUUUGGUUUUGGAAUUGGAUUGCAUUGUUAUGCUGUUGCUGUGUAUUGUUUUGUUGGAUUGAUUAAAAAAAAAAAUCGAUUUUUUUAAAAAUGAGAAUGGAUUCUGAAUCGCACAACGUGAGAAUCGUGAUUCAAAUUCAGAUGGAUUUUUUCCCACACCCCUAAUGAAUAGUGUCACUGGUUCUUGAGUUUAUCAGUGUUAUCAAUCACAGUGUUACGAUUAUUUUCAUUUAAAAUGGUCGUACAAACCGUGGGAAGUUUUAUCAUCCAUCCAUCCAUCCAUUUUCUACCGCUUAUUCCCUUUGGGGUCGCGGGGGGCACUGGUGCCUAUCUCAGCUACAAUCGGGCGGAAGUCGGGGUACACCCUGGACAAGUCGCCAUCUCAUCGCAGGGCCAACACAGAUAGACAGACAACAUUCACACUCACAUUCACACACUCGGGCCAAUUUACUGUUGCCAAUCAACCUAUCCCCAGGUGCAUGUCUUUGGAGGACAAGCAAACUCCACACAGAAUAAUAUAAUAAA